AUGGCGGAUAUGUGUACGACGCCAGACGGUGCUAGUAUGUGGACACUAGGACUCGGGUCCAAAUGGUUUAGUAUAAUUUCGGUCUCCAUACUCGGGUUCUUUCCUCUGGUUCUCAUACUUCUUGGUCCGAAGCUCGUAUUCUAUUUGGGAAGCAUAGUUGGGUAUUAUUUGAGGAAGAAGACCGCUGGACGGAGAGCACAGAUUCUCGACUUGGUCGAGACGGAAGAGAAGGAAUACCUUGCUGGACUGAAGGAAAGGAGAGACAGUGACGAAUGGGAAAACGUGCAGUCUGAUUUGGCGGAUGAGAAGGGAGGAGCCGCUCCGGAUAGGGACUGGGACGGCAUAGUCGGAUUCUUCCACCCUUUCUGCAACGCUGGUGGUGGUGGAGAGCGAGUACUAUGGGCAGCAAUUCGAGCGACACAGAGGAGGUGGCCUAAGGCUAAAUGUAUAGUUUACACGGGAGACCAUGAUGUCGACAAGAAUGCCAUACUGGCCCGAGUAAAGAAUCGAUUCAACAUCCAUCUACAUCCUCCCACAAUCACCUUCAUGUACCUCACAACCCGCUCCUGGGUGCUUGCCUCAUCUUGGCCACAUUUCACACUCUUGGGACAAUCGAUCGGAUCUCUUGUGCUAGCUUGGGACGCCUUUUCCCUGCUUCCGCCCGAUAUCUUCCUGGACACAAUGGGAUAUGCGUUUGCGCUUGGAUUUAGUAAGAUUUUGUUCGGAGAUGUGCCAACUGGUGCUUACGUUCAUUAUCCUACCAUCUCUACUGAUAUGUUGAGCUCUCUAGAUCCGGAAUCUUCAACAGGAACACUAGGUGUUAAUGCAGGAAAAGGACAAGGUGCAGCAGGGGCUGCAAAGAAGAUUUAUUGGGAGGUUUUCGCCAAGCUAUAUUCCUUCGUUGGGUCAUCAAUCGACGUUGUCAUGACGAACUCAACCUGGACGCAGGAACAUAUUAAUUCGCUGUGGGGUGGGUGGAGGAAAGAAUUUAAGCGUUCGGCGGCCGUGGCAGUCUAUCCACCCGUGGCAGUAGAGGAGCUUGAGAAGGAGGUUGAGGUCUCGGCGGAAAGUGAAGAGGAUCGGCAAAAGGUGCUCUUAUACAUUGCACAGUUCCGACCGGAGAAGAAUCACAAACUCAUAAUGGCUGCCUUUGCUGAGUUCAUGGCAACAAAGACGACUGCUACAGAAGACGCCAAACUGGUGCUCAUUGGAAGUGUUCGCGAUGACGGUGAUGCCAAACGUGUUUACGAACUCCGAUUAUUGGCGAACGAACUUCAAAUCAGGGACAGCGUAGAGUUCCACUUGGAUGCUUCCUGGCCAGAAAUCCUGGAGUGGCUUCGAAAGGCUAGCAUUGGUGUAAAUGGAAUGUGGAAUGAACAUUUUGGCAUUGGUGUUGUCGAAUAUCAAGCGGCUGGUCUGAUCUCUGUUGUCCAUAAUAGUGGUGGGCCGAAACGAGACAUUGUCAUUGAGAUUGAUGGAAAGCCAACUGGCUUCCAUGCAACGACGUCUACAGAAUUUGCGGAUGGAUUCGAGCAGGCUCUUUCACUGCCUGACAAGUUGGAGAUGAGACUGCGGGCGAGGAAGUCAGCGAAGAGGUUUACCGAAGAGGAAUUUAUCAAGUGUUGGAUCAAGCAUAUGGAGGUCUUGGUCAAAUUACGGAAGUCAAAGGAGUAA